AUGGAUGACGUAGCAGCUUCAAAUGAGAUGGAAUUGCGAUCAAUAAGAAACCAAUUUCUUGGAUGUCUGUCAGGAAUGUUUCUCUCGGGUUCAGCAUAUAUAUCAAUGUUGAAUUUACAGUCGAGCAUCAAUAUAGAAGAUGGCCUAGGAACUAUCGCGUCAUCUGUAUCGUAUGGUACAAGCACCGUAUUUUUGAUAUUUUUCACAACGAUACUGAUGCGAAAGUUUGGAAUAAAAAUAUGUCUGAUUGCAAGCGAAAUAACCUACAUGUUUUAUGUCCUGGCAAACUUGUACCCAACUUUCUACACACUCAUCCCGGCAGCAAUAUUGGUUGGUGCAGGAGAAGCAAUGUUAUGGCCGUGUAUGUCAAUUAUAAGUUAUCACUUUGCUAUGGAAUAUGCCAAGAAACGGAAAAAUGAAUUGAAAGAAGAUGCGUUUUAUGUCAAUCUUUAUUCGGGGUAUUUUUUCACAAACGCACAAUGCUGUCAGAUUUUCGGGAAUUUGAUAACAUAUGCUGUGAUGUACGGAUUCAAAGAUUAUAGUGACCAGUCUGCUGAAGAUGCAGUAGACAACAAUUCAACUACAAUUUCAUGGAUUUCAACUACGUCGGACAACUUCAACAAAUAUGAAUACUGCGGAGCAAAUGAUUGCCAAGACGUCGAUACUGUUGGUGAAUCUUUAGAGCAAUACGUUCCGUCAGAUAAUCUGACUUUAAUUAUAUUGAUCAGUAUUUUAACCGUGAUGUGCAUAACAUCGCUUAUCAUUCACUUGCACUUCGUACCUAACUCUAUAAUUGCCUCUGGACAAGAAGAUAAAGAUUUUUCAGAUUACGUUAACAAUUCUUUUAAAUCCGAGGAAGAACAAAACACGUACAUUGAUGGGACAUCUGAUACUGUUAAAAUAAACACGAAUAACUCUUUGUCUUUUUCUGGGAAACGUAACAUUAGGAAAGCAUCAUGCAGUAGUGAAAUAUCUCAAGAAUACAUGGAAUCAAAUAGAAAAUUACAAAAGGAGGAGAAUGGUUUAUUGCGUCAAUAUUAUAAAAUGUUGAAAGAUCUUGGUACGCAACUUCUUAGACAACAGCAACUUCUAAUUAUUCCAAUCACAUUUUACGUCGGACUCACACAGGCCUAUGUUUUUUCGGAACUGACCAGGGCCUUUUCAUCGUGUGUGGUAGGUGUUUCAAUGGUAGGAAUACACAUGGCCACAUAUGGGCUGUCGGAUGCGAUUCUUUCGUAUAUAAUAGCAAAGUAUGGACAAAAACUUGGUAGAAAUAUUUUUUUCGUUGUUUCUACAGUUUUGAGUACGCUCGGUUACUUGUAUUGUUUAUUGUGGAACCCUGGUCCGGGGUCUGCUUGGUCGGUCUUCCUUAUUUAUGUGGCAUUCGGAAUUUCUGACGGAGUAUGGCAAACUUUAUUAAUUGUGAUAUAUCUUGAAUACUUUGAGGGAAAUCAUGAUGUGGCUGUUACAUUGUGGAAUUUUUGGUUGUUGCUGGGUUUUGCAGUUCAGUUUGGAUGAAGUACUAGCUUGUGUGUAUUUGUCAAAAUAUACAUUCAAUUGGGUCUACUAAUCACAGGAAUGCUUUUUUAUGGCAUUGCUGAAUAUCUACAGAAGAGAAAAAGAGUUUCAUCAUCAAUUGUUUCUGAAACCAGGUUAUAGAAUCAGUUUGAUGAAUGAAAGAAUAGUUUUCAAGUAAGAAGAACAUAUUUGAGUAGCAAAC